ACUUGUCAGAGAAUUCAAACAAGACUUUCGAAGAAAAAGUUUGACAAGAUGAUGUACCAGGUAGUGUUUGUGCUGGCGAUAGCCAUGAUAGCAGCCGAUUCUGUGCCUUCAUACCCCAAGGUCAGCAAAGGGUACAGCAAAGGCAUAACCAAGGGUUUCGGUAACACAGGCUAUAUGAAAGGGUACAACGGAUUCAACGGGGGUUUCAACGGAUUCAACGGAGGUUUCAACGGAUUCAAUGGAGGAUUCAAUGGAGGAUUCAAUGGAGUUCAUAUGAAUAGCUACAGAAGCAUGGGUCCUUCUGUUGGUUACAAUGUAUUCAACCGUGGCUACAACGGAUUCAAUCCGGGGUAUAUGGGAUUCAAUGGUUACAACAGAUUCAACAAUGGAUACAAUAGCUUUAACAACGGUUACUCUGGAUUCAACGGCAUGAUGAAUGCCGGUUUUAACGGAGGUUAUGGACAAAUGGGAAACGGAUUCAUGAACCGUCGAGUCUAUCCCGGCUACCCCAGGUUUGGAGGAAACUCUUACUCCAUGUACAGAUCCAACGGAUACUUUGGGGAUGAUGAUGACUAUAAAUUUGGCGGAUUCUCCCGAAUGCCAUUCAGGAGUGGACCUUUCCAGAAUGGAUAUACUGGCGGGUUCAGCAGUGGAGGCAGAAGCGGGUACAUGAAAAGUUUUGGAGGUCCCCGUCAAGGCAUGUUCAGAUCAUCAUAUCCUAAAUUCGGAUACAAGUCAAGCAUCUCUUCCAAAAAGGGUUCCUACUAAUUUGAAAUUCCAUCUCACCAACGGACUUGACAAGACCAAACUGAUUUGAUCUCGUGCGCGACUGAAAUGUCAUUAUACAAUGUAAAUUAUUUCUAAUUAAAUAUCGUAUGUUUGUACAAAA